UGGUAGAGCAAAGCCAGCCUAGGAUGUCUCCGCUGGCUGGAGUCACCCCCCAAGUGCAGCAUGGAGGCCAGAGACGGGUCUCGCCAGAGGCCGGUUCAGAAGAAGAAGACCGUGUCCUUCAGCACCAUGCCCCACGACCGGAAGAUCAACAGCACGGCGGCCUGCAUCUCCUUCAUGCUGCAGGGCUGCGAGAUGAAGAAAGUUCGCUCCAACUCCCGCAUGUACAGCCGCUUCUUCCUGCUGGCCCCUGACAUGCGCUGCCUGCGGUGGGAGCCCUCCAAGAAGGACUCGGAGAAGGCCAAGAUUGAGAUCGAGCUGGUCAAGGAGGUGCGGGUGGGGAAGAAAACGCCCGUGCUGCGCAGCAACGGCCUCUCCGACCAGUUCCCGGACGAGUGCGCCUUCUCCAUCAUCCACGGCGACAACUACGAAUCCCUGGACCUGGUGGCCAGCUCGGCUGAUGUAGUGAACGCCUGGGUGAUGGGCCUGAGGUACCUGGUGUCCUACGGGAAGCACACGCCGGAGGCGCCCGAGGCCGGCCAUCCCAGCCUCCGGACCUCCUGGAUCUCCUCGGUCUUCAAGGUGGCGGACCUGGAGAAAGUGGGCCGGAUCCCCGUGGCCCGGGCUGUGCAGCUCAUCAAGGCGCUGAACCCGGGCAUGAAGGACUCCACCAUCGAGCUGAAGUUCAAGGAGCUGCAGAAGGCCGGUGAGCAGCCAGGGAGUGACGUGGCCUGCGACCUGUUUGUGGAGGCCUAUGUCGACCUCUGCACCAGGCCCGAGAUCUUUUUCCUCCUGGUCCAGUUCUCCAGCGACAAGGAGUCGCUGGGCCUGAAGGACCUACUGACGUUCUUGGAGGUGGAGCAGGGCAUGGAAGGGGUGACCGAGGAGACGUGCCUGGAGAUCGUUGGCAAAUACGAGCCCUCCAGCGAGGGCCGGGAGAAGGGCUACCUGGCCAUUGACGGGUUCACCCGCUACCUGCUCUCCCCCGACUGCUCCAUCUUCGACCCGCAGCACCGUCGGGUGUGCCAGGACAUGACGCAGCCCCUGUCCCACUACUUCAUCAGCUCGGCCCACAGCGCCUGCCUGCGGGAGGACAGCUCCUGGGGCAGCGCGGGCCUCGGCGGCUACGUCACGGCCCUGCGCAUGGGCUGCCGCAGCCUGGAGCUGGUGGUGUGGGAUGGCCCGGACGGCGAGCCCCUGGUCUCCGGGGGCCGUUCGGCCGCCUCCCGCGUGGCCUGUCGCAGCGUGGUGGGCGUGAUCGACCGGUAUGCCUUUGAGGCCUCCGAAUACCCUCUCAUCCUGUGCCUGGCCGUGCGCUGCUCGCCCGCCCAGCAGCGGUUGAUGGCGCAGUGCCUGAGGAAAACCCUGGGUGCCAAGCUGUACCUGGACCCCCCCGCCCCCGAGGAGGCCUAUCUGCCCUCCCCGGAGACACUCAAGGCCAGGGUCCUCAUCAAAGGCAGGAAGCUGCCGCCCAGCUGCCACGAGAGUGAGGGGGAGGUGACGGAUGAGGAUGAGGGCCCGGAGCCAUGGCAGCGCCCGGUCACGGCUGACGGGCAGCCACUCGCGGGGGGCGGGCGGCGCAGGCUGCGGCUGAGCAGGGAGCUGUCGGAGCUCGUCAGCCUGUGCCAGGCGGUGCCCUUCCAGGACUUCGAGGCCUCGCGGCACGGGCAGCGCUACUGGGAGGUUUGCUCCUUCAGCGAGGUGGAGGCCGGGCGCUUCGCCAGCGAGUGCCCCGCCGAGCUGGUGAGCUACAACAAGCGGUUCCUGUCCCGGGUCUACCCCAGCCCGCUGCGCAUCGACGCCAGCAACAUGAACCCGCAGGACUUCUGGAAGUGCGGCUGCCAGAUGGUGGCCAUGAACUUCCAGACGCCAGGGCUCAUGAUGGACCUGAAUGCAGGCUGGUUCCGCCAGAACGGGGCCUGCGGGUACGUGCUGCGCCCCGCCGUAAUGCGGGAGGAGGUCUCCUACUUCAGCGCCAACGCCAAGGACUCGCUGCCCGGUGUGCCGGCCCAGCUGCUGCAGCUCCGGGUGAUCAGCGGGCAGAACCUGCCCAAGCCCCGGGGCUCGGGCGCCAAGGGCGACGUGGUGGAGCCCUACGUCUGCGCUGAGAUUCACGGCAUCCCAGCAGACUGCGCCGAGCAGCGCACCAAGACGGCACUGCAGAGCGGGGACAACCCUGUCUUCGAGGAGAGCCUGGAGUUCCAGGUGAACCUGCCCGAGCUGGCCCUGCUGCGCCUGGUCGUGCUGGACGACGACUACAUCGGGGACGAGUUCAUCGCCCAGUACACCAUCCCCUUCGAGUGCCUGCAGAGCGGCUACCGCCAUGUGCCCCUGCGGUCCCUGGCCGGAGACCUGCUGCCCCACGCCACCCUCUUCCUGCACGUGGCCAUUGCCAACCGGCCCGGCGGGGGCAAGGGGCCGCGGCGGGGGCGUGCCGGGCGCAGGGGCCGGCGGCUGCGGGAAUAUGCCUCCGCCAAGACCACCGGCAUCAAGGCCAUCGACGAGGUGUUCCGCACAGCCAGCCAGCCGCUGCGCGAGGCCACCGACCUGCGGGAGAACAUGCAGGUACCACGCCAGGCUGGGGGCAGUGUCACGGCUGUGCCAGUACCCGGGGGGCGGGGGGGGCAGUUCUGCAGGCGACUCCCAGGCUCCUCGCUCAGCACAGGGUUGGGGACGGGGGCGGCCUUGGCUGCUCCCUCCCCCACUGGCGCCCGAGGCCAUUCCCUUCUCCCCGGCACGGAGGGCGCCAGGAAACAGCCGGAAGCUGCUGGCUCGGGCGUGGGAGGCCAGCGAGUCUGUGAGAAAGGCUCCUGCUGGGGCCGCUGCACCUUGUCCCCCCCCACGCAGAGCCCCCCCCAGCAGCACGGCCUGGGCAGACCCCACUGGGCCAGUGGCACCAUCUGCCCAGCCAAGGGCUCAGAUCAGGCAUGGUGCCACCCCUGGGGCGACUCCUCACUAAGUGGCUCAGCCCUGGAGCUUGCCCGCCCGCCUGCUCCCUGGGGCACAGGCCCCCCAGCCACCAUCCCAUGGUGCUGCCAUUGCAGUUCCUGGCAGUCAGAGCCCGGGUCUCCCACGUGCACCCCGUCCCUGCCUGCAGGGUGCUGCCCACCCCAUGCCCACGGGAACCUGCUGCUGCUCCCCGCAGGGGUGGUGACAGCUGCCACCUGGGCCCUGCGGCUGGCUGGGAUCACGCCUGUCCCAGCCUUUGGACCCACUGAGCCGGGCGUCGGACGUCCCUGGGCUCUGGGACUGCUCCGACUUGCACUGUGGCUGCACCGGUGCCCUAGGGGGAUGGAUUUCCACAAGGAGCUGCACCGCCUCGAGGCCAAGGAGGGGCUGAAGGGCAGGAAGCUGCAGAAGGCCCUGGAGAGCUUUGCCUGGAACAUCACGGUGCUGAAGGGCCAGGCAGAUCUCCUGAAGCAGGCCAAGGCGGAAGCUCUGGACAACCUGUGGCAGAUCCACAACGCGGGACAGUCGUGUGGCAUCGGAAGGAACGGCUCUGCCUCCCCCGACCUUGGCCGGGCCCGGACCCCCCUGGAGCCCAUCUCUGAGACAGAAGGAGGCAGCGACACCGGGUCCUGCUGACCGCGGGGCAGGGCAUGGGGGCCAGGACUGAGCCCGCGGCUCCUCCAUCGCCCGGAGCCCCCAGCGCCCCUGCCACGCACCCAGGAUUGUACGGCCCCAGGCUCCAGAACUCCUGGACCAUUGGCUGUGUGUGUGGAAAACAGGAGCCCGGCCAGGGGGUGGGGGGGCUGCACGGGCCGUCCCAGGGCAAUCCAGACUGGUGAUUCGGGUGGGGGCAGGGUUAUCACUCUGCCUGGCCCUGGGCUGCGCCCUCGGGCUGGGCUGAGGGGGUUGUUUCAGGCAGGGAUUGGGCUUGGGAAUUUGGGACCUGCAGGAACCUACUGUGGGACGAGGUGCUGGGAGUGAGAGAGGGGCCAGGUCGGCUCCAGCCUGUCUCUCACCAUCAUACUGGUGCCCUGAGCCCCCAGAGCCUCCCCACAGCCCGGGUCCUGCUCGGACUGCGCUUGCUGAAGGAGCAUCUCUGUCCUGCUGUAUGUGGCUGGGCCGGGGUGUGUGUGUGUGUUGUGUAUUGUGGGGGGCUGCUGUACUCUGAGAGGUUAGGUUGAUGUAGCUGCAAUGCUCAGCUGUGAAAAAUCCCCUGCCCCCCAGGGCUGCAGCUGCCCCCCUCCCCCCCGCAGUGCAGAUGCAGUGGGUUGGUACCGUCGUGUGGGGAGUUGGUGUCGUCCCGCGAUGGUACCCCCGGCGGAGGGCAUCGGCUGCAUCUGCCCUGCGGGGUGAGGCCAGCGCGUUACAGAGAGUCGCAGGGCCCCCUGAACGUUCCUGGAUGGGGCUCCGGGGCCAGGAAGCCAGCAGCUGUGCCCUGGCUCGUGGGCUGCCUCUCCAGUCCCACCUGGGGGUCAGGGCCCAGGGCCGAGCUGGUGAGUGCAGCCUGGAGCAGGGGCCUGGCCGUGGGGCUGGGCAGGGGGUCAGGCGUAGUCCCAAGGGUCCUGCUGGCAGGGUGGAGUCCCAGGGCAAUAGGGGGCUGCCUGGCCCAGCGAGAUCCCCAGAAACCAGCCCUGGGCUGGGUGGGGUUUUUGCCCAGGCAGCAGGAGCUGGGAGCAGCCCCCUGCCCACCACUGUGUGGUCAGAGCAGGGUGGAAGCUGCUGCGUUAUAAAGAGCAAACCCCAAGCUGG